UCUCUCUCUGCUGACGCCUAUAUCUUUACUCCCAGCACUAUCUCCUUCUUCUCGUGCCCAGAAAACUCUCACACAUACCCCCCCUUUCUUUUUCCACCUUUCUUUUGCAUGUGAUUCUUGUAACAACUAUUUCCCCUUCAUCUCUCUAUUUCUCCCUCACUUUCAUCUUCUUCUUCACCUUUGUUCCUGGGUUAACAUAACCAAUUCAAAAUGUUGCAUCCUGAUCGAGAGGAUAGUGUUCAUGGCGGCUCUUCGAAUGUUCUUGUGUGUUCUAGGAUGGAGAGUGUUAAGCUCCAGAUUAUUGAUCCUCCUAUAAGUUCCUCAAAAAGUAAUGUUAGUCCCUGCUCCAAUAAUGAUAUCCCAGAUCAAGAUCACUCCCCUCCUGGCCAGUUUUCAGUCCUACGUGCCUCCUCUCACCCCGUGACACUCAAGUUUGAGGAUGUUGCGUAUUCUAUCAAGAUAGAGAGCAAUGGAGGGAGCUGUUUAUUAACGUCGUCUAAACGGAAUCAAACUCGAGUUUUACUCAACGGCGUGAGCGGGACGGCGAGGCCCGGCGAGCUUCUGGCGAUGUUGGGGCCGUCCGGGAGCGGGAAGACGACGCUGCUGACGGCGCUGGCCGGACGGCUGCCGGGGAAAUUCUCCGGCUCCGUGACGUACAACGCCCAACCGAUUUCCAGCUCGGUGAAGCGGCGGAUAGGAUUCGUGACCCAAGACGAGGUUUUGUACCCUCAUUUAACCGUCCUCGAGACGCUAACGUACGCCGCUCUGUUAAGGUUGCCGGAGAAGCUGACGAAAGCAGAGAAGGCGGAGCAGGCGGAGAUGGUGAUCAUGGAGCUGGGGCUAAACCGGUGCCGGAAUAGCAUGAUCGGCGGGACUUUGUUCCGCGGGGUUUCCGGCGGGGAGAGGAAACGGGUGAGUAUUGGUCAAGAAAUGUUGGUGAAUCCGAGUUUGUUGCUUCUAGAUGAGCCGACCUCCGGGCUGGACUCCACCACGGCCCAGCGCAUCGUUGCUACCUUGCGCUGGCUGGCCCGCGGCGGCCGGACCGUCGUUACCACUAUCCACCAGCCCUCCAGCCGGCUUUACCGGAUGUUUGACGAGGUUUUGGUGCUGUCCGAAGGUUGUCCCAUUUAUAGUGGAAAGGGCAGCUCUGUCAUGGACUAUUUUGCAGCCAUUGGAUAUGUUCCUGCUUUCAACUUCAUGAAUCCUGCAGAUUUUCUCCUCGAUCUUGCAAAUGGUAUAGCCCCUGAUACAAGGCAGGAUGAUCAACAUGAAUUGGUUGGAAGACCAGAGAAUGUUGACAGCCAAACUUCAACUAAGCAGUUCUUGAUUUCCUGUUACAAGAAGAGUGUUAAGAAGGAGGAGGUGGAGAGGAGCUCCCAUGAUUCAAUUCGAGCAGGCAGGAGGAAUUCGCCAUUGAGAAGUUCUGAAGAACAAUGGACAACAAGCUGGUGGCUGCAGUUCAGUGUGUUGUUGAGCAGAGGCCUAAAGGAAAGAAGACAUGAAUCCUUUUCUGGGCUGAGGAUUUUCCAGGUGGUGUCUGUGUCAUUUCUCUCAGGGCUUCUAUGGUGGCACUGUGACACAAACCACAUUCAAGAUCAGGUGGGAUUACUCUUUUUCUUCUCAAUCUUCUGGGGAUUCUUCCCAAUGUUCAACGCCAUCUUCGCCUUCCCACAAGAACGCCCAAUGCUCAUCCGGGAACGCUCCUCAGGAAUGUACCGCCUGUCCUCCUACUACUUUGCUCGAACCGUGGGCGAUUUGCCAAUGGAGCUCGUCCUCCCGACUAUAUUCGUCACCGUUACUUAUUGGAUGGGCGGGCUAAAACCGUCCCUCCUAACCUUCACCUUAACCCUCCUCAUCAUCCUCUUCAACGUCCUCGUCUCCCAGAGCCUCGGCCUGGCCCUCGGGGCCAUCCUGAUGGACGUUAAGCAGGCCGCCACGCUCUCCUCGGUCAUGAUGCUCGUGUUCUUGUUGGUGAGUGGAUACUACAUUCAACACAUCCCAGCUUUCCUCACAUGGAUGAAAUACACAUCUUUUAGUCACUUCAGUUAUAAGCUUCUUGUGGGGGUUCAGUACCCUGAAAAUGAGGUUUAUGAGUGUGGGGUUGGGAGGCAAUGCAGGGUGAGGGAUUUUGAAGGGAUUAAGUGUCUUGACAUUGGUAAUAUGGUGUUUGAUGUUGCUGCUUUGGGUGCCAUGCUUGUGGGGUUUAGGAUUUUGGCCUAUGUUGCCUUGAGGGUUCGAUAGUUUAAGGAUGUUUAGUGGGGUUGGUUAUAAUAAUCUGAUUGCAACAGAGGUUAGGAGGGAGUAAUAUUGAUUAAGAGAUGUCUUCCUUGAAUCUCAUCAGUCACUCUGAGAAUUAUUAAAGUGUAAAUUUGAUAUGUAUUUACUCUAAGCAAUUAAUUUAUAAUUAAUGAGUUUAUUAGUUUCCAGUAA